GAGGGUGUUUAAGAGACUUCAAAAUCCAAAAUCCCUCAACUUCCUCCACAGUUUCUGUUUGGGAUGCCUGGAAGAUUAUGCUAAGACUAAAAGAAAGAUGAUCUGCAUUUUGAGGAGAAAUUAAAAUUAUUGUCAUUGUCUGUGAGAAGAUAUAUAAAUGUUUUGUUAUUUUUGGUUGGUGGGCUCUUUUACAGUAUAUUUAGACUGCAGCAUUGUUUUAAAUAUUUUAAUUCUAGGCGACCACAAGUUUUGGGACAAAGCUUUCAAGACUAUUAGUUAGUUGCCGUUCUAGAGAUCAUCUUGAUUCUAUGUUUAUGUUAGUUUGUUCUCUCAUGAUUAAUUAAAUUUAUUUUUUGGUUGGCCCUACACAGUGGCGUAUCAAGGGAGUGCGCGGGGUUGCAUGCCCCCCCCCCCCCAAAAAAUCUCUAUUUUAAUAAUUUUAUAGGAACCACUGAUGAUACCUUCAACCAGCUGUUGUCAGUUAUUUCAGAAUGGUAUGACCAGCGCGGAUACAUCAAUAUGCUGAAAGUUUUGUACAGAGAUCUCUUGAAAAACAAUUAUGAGUUGAAUAAGGCUACCAAGGUGAUGGGCCUAAUGAAUUUGUUGAUUGCUUCUGGGGAUCUACACUCAACACAUUUAAAUCUUCUAUAUGAUACCAUAAACAUAACAAAGCAGUAUGGCUUGGAAAGGGAAAUCAAAGAUAUACUGCCAGUGUUUCAAAAUGUUAGAGAUGCAGUAAUCUCAACAUUCACACCUCACAGACAAAAAGUUAUGAAGCUUGGAAUGGUACUGAUUGAUGAAGAUGUAAAUAAGAUCAGUGCAAUAUAUAACAAACCAGUAAAGGAAUAUGCAGACACAUGGAGUUUGAUUAUGGAUCUGGAGCGCAACAGGGUAAUUUGUGAAGGAAAAAUGGAAGCCUUCAUUGAAAAAUUGAAUUCCCUUACACUCCAACAUGCUGUGGAAGCUUUAACAGAAGAAAUCCCAAAUGCAUCUUCAAACUCUGGACAUGGCCAUGGUGAAGUGCAGAUGCUGUUGAUAGCUGACCUGAUUAGCUGAUUAUGCUGGGUUGUUUAAAAAUUAUAGAUUCAAUAUAUAUCAUUUUAUCUUUUAUUUAAAAAAUUUCUGUAAAAUUAAUUUGCAAGCGCAAAAGAGAAUCACCUGAUUCUGAAGGUCAACCAUGUCCAAAGACGUAUGCUCUUAGUUUCUUAAUUGAACUUGAUGAAUAUAAAGACACUCUGAAUGUGAAGGAUAUGCCAGAAUUUUUUGACAGAUAUGAGAAACUUUUCAACUAUUAUGAACAUUAUUGACCAAGUCUGGAAUAGAAGCAAUAGUAUUUUAUCUAUCAGAAAAUGAUCCUAGUGCUUUGAUGCAUCUAUGAGAAAUACAUUCUAGUUGAAAACUCACCAAAGAUUUGGCACAAAUAUUAGUCCCAGAGGUCCCAGAUUGUUUAAUAAUUAUUAAUUUUAUCUUUUAUUUUAAGAACUUCCUGUAAAAUUAAAAUGCAGAAGAGAAUCUUCUGAUCCUGAAGGUCAACCAAAAACACAGGCUCUUAUGUCUUUAAUUGAACUUUAUGAACAUAAAGACACUCUGAAUUUGAAGGAUAUGCCAGAAUUUACUGACAUUUUUGGGAAACUUUAUAAAUAUUAUGAAGAUUGUGGGUUGGUUCUGAAGAAGAUGGAAAAUGGAUCAAUAGUAUUUUAUCUAUCAGCAAAUGAACCUAAUGCUUUGACGCAUCUAUGGGAAAUACAUUCUAGUGGAAAGCUCCUUAAAGAUUUGGCACAAAUAUUAGUGCCAGAGGAACACCAGCAACAGUUCAUAGAUGAAUGGAUGACGUACAUCGAUGAAAAUGAAUACAAAAUGGUGCUCAAUAAGCUGAAUUGGAAAGGAUUUUAUUUCCAAACGGCUACCAGUAAGUUAAAUCAGUUUCUGGAAAAUGUUGAUGAGAAGGUCUUAGAGUGUACCAUCUGCUUUAAGAGACUUGAGAAUCCGAAAUCCCUCACCUGCCUCCAUAGUUUCUGUUUGGCAUGCCUGGAAAACUGGGUUAAGACUAAGGGAAAGCUGACUUGCCCAACUUGCUCAAAAUCUUCAGCCAUUCCAGAGGGUGGGCUUCAGAAGCUUCCACCAAAUACCUUUUUAAAAAACUUAUUAGACACUAUUGAAACAUUUUUAGAGAGAGAUCAGAUGAUAUGUACUGUUUGUGAAAAAGAAGAACCGGUAAAAUACUACUGCCAGGAUUGCAGACAGUACUUGUGCUCUACUUGUAGUGAUCAACACAAGAGGUAUAGACUCUUUGCAUAUCACAAGUUACAUUUAAUGGAGGAUGUGCAAUCAAUGAGCCCCUCUCAGAUGACUUUGUUACAUCCACCUCUGUGUUCACAUCACAGUAAACCUUUGGAGUUCUACUGCACAGUUUGUAAAACUCCAAUCUGUGUGAACUGUACAAUUAUGGACCACAAGGAAUGGGAAGGAAAACACAAACCAAUCAACAUUUCAGAUGCAUUCCAAACAUUUAAAGAAACUUCAGCCGCCUUGGAAAAAUCUUCCCAACACUUCAUAAACAAAUUAGAAGAUGGUCUCAAAGCUGUCCUCCAGAAUGCUACAAAAUUAGACCAAUGUAAAGACACAUGUUUGAGAGAUAUAGACAAUCAUGUUGAAGAAAUAUUCAAAAAAGUAAAGGAGAAUAGAGAAAAAUUGAAAAAUGAAAUAGAGACAAUCUACAAAAGAAAAAAGAAGGUAAAUGAUGUACAAAUAGAUGAAUUAAAAACAACAAUAUCUGAUAUAAAUACAAAACUGUCUUUUCUUAAUCAAUUAUUGAAAAGUGAUGAAGGUACAGCAAUGCAGUCAAGUGAAACAGUAAUUACAGCACUCAGGGACAGAAUCAAUGAACUACCAAAAACAGAGCCAGAUGAUAAUGGAGAAAUUUACUACUUCAUAAACAAACAGCAAAUGGCUUUAUUGGGACAAUGUGAUAUUGGGACUGUAACAGAAUUGAGGGCAGCAGAUUCUUUAACUUUAAAAGGAGAGGAAUCUGUGAUCAAAGAUCAAACAUUUAUUGUCAAAAUAAUCAAAACAGAUGAACAUGAAAUAUAUGCAAAUCAAUUGAAGGCAACAUGGACACAUCCUACUGGAGCCUACAGCAUCUCUCAAGUUCAGGAAGACAAUGGAGAUUAUUUUGUGACAGGAAAAUGCACAAGUCUGGGAGUUUUUCAACUAGAUGUAAGUGCUGAUGAUGAACCAAUUAACCAAUCACCAAUGAUAAUCAAAGUAGAAGACGGAAGAUUGGUAAAUACUAUUAAAAUAAAUGCAACAAAUAUUAGAGAUGUAGUUAAGUGUGAAGAUGACUCCAUACUGGUUUCAUGUUUGACAAAUGAAAUACUCAAGUACAGGCAUUCAGGAGAAUAUAUUGGUAAGGUUACACUACCCCAAGGUGUGAAAGUUCACAUAAUGUACAAAAUGAAGAAUGGUAACAUAGCAUUCAGUGAUUACAAUAAUAAACCUAUCAGAAUAUGCAAUAUGAAUGGUCAGCUGAUUAAAACAAUUGGUGAGGGAGUAUUACCAUCACCAGUGUGUAUUCAUUUGGAUGAGACAUCAAAUGUUUUGUAUGCAGCAGUCAGUAACUGUGUGUACAUGUUUGACAUGAAUAAUGGCAAGACCAUCAAAACAAUAGGGUCAGAAGGUACAAAAGAAGGUCAAAUGAUUUAUGUCAUUGAUGUUACUCUUACUAACCAAGGACACCUUCUUGUAUUGGAGUAUGGUAACAGUAGAUUACAAUUAUUUAAUAAUGAGGGAAGGUUCAUAAAAGUCCUUGUUGAAGCGGGUGAUGAGGAUGGUAAGGUAAAAUCUCCAAGUGCAGUAGUAGUUGAUGAGGAUGACAACAUCAUUAUAUCAAGUGAACACAAACUACAGCUAUUCAGUAGUGAUGGAAAUUUCAUAAAAAGAAUUGAUAAACCAGAAGAUAGAAUCAACAAUCCAUGGGGAUUCUCCAUCAUUUCAUAUCAUCCAAGGAGACUUGCAGUAGCAAAUUAUGGUGACAAUACAGUAAAAAUAUUCAAUUAUUAAAUACUGACAGUCCACUUGCUUCACUGGUGUGUUUUCAACAAUUCAAAUUUAUAAGUGUAGGAAUAUCUACACAUCCAUUAUUUCAUAUCAUCCACAUAGAGUUAAGUUAUGGAUCUUAAACUUAAAAUAAUUAUUGAAUACAAUAAUAUCGAAAUAUAAAUUUGGCAUAAUGUUUAUAAACUUGUUAAAAUAUUUGAUUAUUGAAUAUGAUAUACAUGGAGCUGAAGUUAUGUUUUUUUUUUUAAACUGUUAAAAUAUUAAUUAUUCAACACAAAUGAUAUCUAUAGAGUUGAAGUUAUUAAACUGAAACCAAUAAUACUGUAAUCUACCAACCUCAACUGUCUACAGUGUAGUUCUCAUCAAAUUUGAAUCACACACUAUUGAUCUUAUGAUUUUAUAUUUUUGUAGUGUAAGUGUUUAAUCAUAUAAUGCAUAUACAUGUUCUUUUCUUGCAUAUUGAUGUUAAAAAUGUUACUUUUCAAUCUAUUGGGGCUUUUUUGUACAGCCUAUCAACUUGUAUCUCUUUGAUUUACAUAAAUUUUGAUAUUUGCAAGUUUGUUUAUUCUUUCUUUAGUACCUGUAUAUUUUUUCUGGUUUUUUUGUAU